AAGAUGAUGAUGAUGAUAAGCACGAUGAAGAUGGAUCCAAUCAUCGAGAUGUGAAGGCAUCAAAUAUAUAGACUUGAGGUAGGGUAAAAGUCCAACCCAGAGUCCCCAACGUUCAGCCUCUUCCCGCACAUCUCCGCCAGUGUAGUCUUAUGCCGGAUUUCAUCGGAGUUACUUGCUACGCCCUCAGACCGUCUUUCCGGCAACUGAAAUGAACCUUGCAAAUGCAAGGCGAACCAAGGGUGAAGAUGCUACUGAUGAUGACACCCCAAGUUCCUCUGGACGCCAAUUUGCAGACUCUCAUCUUUCUCAGCGUUUUGGCCAAUCUCCCCUACCUGCUUAUGAACCAGCUUUCGACUGGGAAAAUGAGAGGUCAAUGAUAUUUGGCCAGAGGACUCCAGAGACCCCUGUGGUACACCAUGGCAGUGGAUUGAAGAUCUCUGUGAAAGUUCUGUCCCUUACGUUUCAAGCUGGAAUCGUUAGUUAGUGUUCUUUCCCUGUCAUCCACAAGCUGCUGCAUCUCUAUGAUGUUAAAGAUUCUGCUUUAUUUCAUUAUUUUUUGCACUCUUAAGAUUUCUGACCUUGUUCCCUCUAUCUCUCUCAGAGCCAUUCUAUGGUACAAUUUGCUUAUACAAUAGGGAGAGAGAGAAAAAUUGUCAAGAAGAUUUCUAUUUUAGCGUUCUACCAACUGAAAUGCAGGAUGUAAGCCUUAAAACUAAUUUAGCAUGAAAUUCUUUGGUGCUUUGGUUUUUUAUAUUGAUGACUUAAAAAUUCACUCUUUCUCAUUUACCUGGACGGACUAGUAAAUUAUCUUUGGAACCUCGUGGACUUUUCCAUUUAGAUGCUCCGUCUGCAUCUGUGUGUCUACUAAUCCAAUUAGAGAAGCCUGCAACAGAAGAAGGGGGAGUGAGUCCUUUUGCUUAUUCACGUAAAGAACCUGUAUGUAUGAAGAACUUAUAUGUUUCCAUCUUGUUCAUCUUCAAUCCAACCUCUGAUUAAAUGUGACAAAAUUUCUCUUCUGUUGCCUUGCUUGUUACCUGCAAGCAAGAAUUUUACCUGUUGGCUUGCUUGUUAUCUGGCAGCAAGAAUUUUAACUGUCGCCCCUUCAUCAUCUGUCUUUCAAACAAGAAUUUUAACUAGAAAUUGUCACUUGUGUUCAAGUUUGGACACCUAACACAAUACAAAGGGUAUUGAUGA